GUCUCGCGUUCGCCUCUUCUUUCCUUCUCGUACUGUAAUUUUCUCAUCUCGGCAGAGCAGAUCUAAAGCUUUCUUACCGGCUCAUUUCGAUCGUCAAUUUGUAUGAACCGGCAAACUUGGCUGCCUUCUUUCUCGCCGUCGGGAGAUAAAUUUCAGUCGACGAUCAAGGGAGCCGGGUCAAAUCCGAAUCCGCAGAAAUGGUGGUGGUAUCCGCUGCCCGUGAUUACAUCAACCGCAUGCUGCAGGAUAUCUCCGGCAUGAAGGUUCUAAUUCUGGAUUCCCAAACGGUCAGUAUCGUAAGUGUUGCCUAUUCACAAUCUGAACUGCUUCAGAAAGAAGUAUUCUUGGUUGAAAUGGUAGAUACGAUAUCGAAGUCUAAAGAAUCUGCGACACAUUUGAAAGCGGUUUGCUUCCUUCGUCCUACAUCGGAGAAUAUCCAGUUUUUGCGACGCCAGCUAGCUAAUCCUAGAUUUGGGGAGUAUCACCUGUUUUUCUCCAACAUGUUGAAAGAUACCCAGAUUCAUUUGUUAGCGGACUCAGAUGAUCAAGAAGUUGUGCAACAAGUACAGGAGUUUUAUGCCGACUUCGUUGCACUUGAUCCUUACCAUUUCUCCUUGAAUGUUCCUUCAAAUCAUAUGUAUAUGCUUCCAGCAGUCAUCGAUCCUUCUGGGUUGCAACACUUAUGUGACCGAGUAGUUGACGGGAUUGCAGCACUUUUCUUGGCUCUGAAACGAAGGCCUGCUAUUAGAUACCAAAGGACCUCUGAUGUUGCCAAAAGGAUAGCCCAUGAAUCAGCAAAGCUGAUGUAUCAGAAGGAAAGUGGGCUUUUUGAUUUCAGAAGGGGCGAGCUUUCUCCUUUGUUGCUAAUAAUAGAUCGAAGAGAUGAUCCUGUAACCCCUUUGUUGAAUCAAUGGACCUAUCAGGCUAUGGUUCAUGAAUUAAUUGGCAUCCAGGAUAAUAAAGUGGACCUCAGAGGCAUUGCUAAAGCAUCAAAAGACCAGCAGGAAGUGGUGCUAUCGUCAGAGCAAGAUGCAUUCUUCAAGCUCAACAUGCAUGAGAACUUUGGAGAUAUUGGGAUGAAUAUCAAGCGGAUGGUGGAUGACUUUCAGCAGGUUGCAAAGAGUAACCAAAACAUUCAGACAAUAGAGGACAUGGCCAAGUUUGUUGAGAAUUAUCCCGAAUAUCGGAAAAUGCAUGGCAAUGUCUCAAAGCAUGUGACACUGGUGACUGAAAUGAGCAAGUUAGUUGAGGAGAGAAAGCUCAUGUUAGUUUCACAAACCGAACAGGAGUUAGCUUGCAAUGGUGGGCAAGUGGCAGCUUUUGAGGCAGUAACCAAUCUUCUUUACAAUGAAAGUGUAUCAGAUAUCGACCGCCUGCGCCUAGUGAUGUUGUAUGCUUUACGCUAUGAGAAGGAGAGUCCUGUUCAAUUAAUGCAGCUAUUCAAUAAGCUUUCAUCUCGAACUGCAAAGUACAAGCCCGGGCUUGUGCAAUUCCUACUGAAACAAGCUGGUGUGGAUAAACGGACUGGUGACCUGUUUGGGAACCGGGACUUCUUGAAUAUAGCUCGUAACAUGGCUCGUGGCCUGAAGGGAGUUGAAAAUGUGUACACCCAGCAUCAGCCUCUUCUGUUCCAAACAAUGGAAAACAUAAUCAAGGGACGGCUGAGGGAUGUAGACUACCCAUUUGUUGGUAAUCAUUUCCAACAAGGGAGGCCACAGGAUGUGAUUAUUUUCAUUGUUGGUGGGACGACGUAUGAAGAGUCACGUUCUGUAGCUCUGCAAAAUGCUGUGCAUACUGGGGUUCGUUUUACACUUGGUGGUUCUGUAGUUCUCAAUUCCAAAAGGUUUAUAAGGGACCUGGAAGAAGCACAGAGAAUAGCUAAAUCGAGCACGAAUGUGGUUUGAAAAGUUCUACUCCCACCCUCAACUGUAGUUUUUUUCCCCCCGAGUCAUGUAAAUAACCGAGAAGAGGAGUCGAGGUGGGUUCUGCACAGGAGGGUGGGUUCUUGUUGUUAAGCUUGGAAGAGGGUAGUAAACAACGUUUGGCAUUAAUGUCAUGUAACCAGUUUGAUUAGAAGAAUCAAAGGACAGGAACGCAACCCCCUUUGCUCCAGUAUCCUUGGAACAGGAACUCUCCCACACGACGAGAUCCGAGUCUGCGAACUAUAUACCGAGUCUGAGAACCUAGCUGACAUAUCAUAGGAGAAAAACAAACGUUGUAGAUUUGUGAUGUGUAUUACUAUAUCGUGGUAUCAAGUACAGUUACUCCAGCUCCUUUUAUCUGGACAGUUUGAUCUGGAAAUGUAUCUCUGUAGAGGGAUUCUGAUUUCUGAUUACGUUUUACUUACAGCGUUGAAAUAUACAGCAAGGCCAACCCAACGAUUAGAGAAGACCAACUAUGUUACAUUGUUACUCAAACAGUUACUGAUACAAUCACAGUUACUGAUUUCUGAUUACGUUUUUUAUUUUGUUUCGAAACACAAUCGUUCAUUUGGC